UUAAAAGCCGCCCGCUGGCGCGCGUUGGAGAAGCAGGGGUCCGAACUAGCACGCGCCAGCCCCAGGAUCUGACUGAUGAGAUAUGUCCCCAUCAAGGCACUGCGUGAUGUCGUGUGUUUAGCGUGGGAUGAAAUGCUGCACUGGUACCAAAGGGCUGACAGAAAUGGGAGUCUGGCUGAACCCUAGGAAGUUGGUGGUAGUGAGGAGACGCCAUGGCAGGGCUGAGCCAAAGCAGCUGUGGAGUAUGUGAACGGCCCCUGAAGCCCUAACUGCCCUGUCCAUCAUGAUCCAGAGGCUGUGGGCCAGCCGCCUGCUACGGCAUCGGAAAGCCCAGCUCCUGCUGGUCAACCUGCUGACCUUUGGCCUGGAGGUGUGCCUGGCUGCUGGCAUUACCUAUGUGCCGCCCCUUCUGCUGGAAGUCGGGGUAGAGGAGAAGUUCAUGACCAUGGUGUUGGGCAUUGGCCCAGUGCUGGGCCUGGUCUCUGUUCCACUCCUCGGCUCAGCCAGUGACCAGUGGCGUGGGCGCUAUGGCCGCCGGAGGCCCUUCAUCUGGGCUCUGUCCCUGGGUGUCUUGCUAAGCCUCUUUCUCAUCCCAAGGGCUGGCUGGCUGGCAGGGCUGCUGUGUCCGGAUACCAGGCCCUUGGAGUUGGCCCUGCUGAUCUUGGGAGUGGGGCUGCUGGACUUCUGCGGCCAGGUGUGCUUCACUCCGCUGGAGGCCUUACUCUCUGACCUCUUCCGGGACCCAGACCACUGCCGUCAAGCCUUCUCUGUCUAUGCCUUCAUGAUCAGCCUUGGGGGCUGCCUGGGCUACCUCUUACCUGCCAUUGACUGGGACACCAGUGCCCUGGCCCCCUACCUGGGCACUCAGGAAGAAUGCCUCUUUGGCCUCCUCAGCCUCAUCUUUCUCGCCUGCAUGGCAGCCACUCUAUUUGUGGCCGAGGAGGCAGUCCUGGGCCCACCAGAGCCAGCAGAAGGGCUGCUGGUCCCCUCCGCGUCACCCCGCCGCCGCUGCCCGUGCCGUGUCGGCCUGGCUUUACGGAAUCUGGGCGCCCUGUUUCCCCGGCUGCACCAGCUGUGCUGCCGCAUGCCUCGCACCCUGCGUCGGCUCUUCGUGGCUGAGCUGUGCAGCUGGAUGGCACUCAUGACUUUCACACUGUUCUACACAGACUUUGUGGGAGAGGGGCUGUACCAGGGCGUACCCAGAGCCGAGCCAGGCACUGAGGCCCGGAGACACUAUGAUGAAGGCAUCCGAAUGGGCAGCCUGGGGCUCUUCCUGCAGUGUGCCAUCUCCCUCUUCUUCUCCCUGGUCAUGGACAGGCUGGUACAGCGGUUUGGCACCCGGGCAGUCUAUCUGGCUAGUGUGAUGACCUUUCCUCUGGCUGCUGGUGCCACAUGCCUGUCGCACAGCGUGGUUGUAGUAACAGCCUCGGCUGCCCUCACCGGCUUCACCUUCUCGGCCUUGCAGAUCCUGCCUUACACACUGGCCUCCCUCUACCAUCGCGAGAAACAGGUGUUCCUGCCCAAAUACCACCGAGGGGACGCUGGAGGUGGUAGCAGUGAGGACAGCCAAACAACCAGCUUCUUGUCAGGCCCUAAGCCAGGAGCUCCCUUCCCCAAUGGACAUGUGAACCCUGGCAGCAGCGGCAGCAUCCUGGUGCCUCCACCUGCACUCUGCGGGGCCUCCGCCUGCGAUGUCUCCAUGCGAGUGGUGGUGGGUGAGCCACCCGAGGCCAAGGUUGUGACUGGACGGGGCAUUUGCCUGGACCUCGCCAUCCUGGACAGUGCGUUCCUGCUGUCCCAGGUGGCUCCGUCCCUGUUGAUGGGCUCCAUUGUCCAGCUGAGCCACUCUGUCACCGCCUAUAUGGUGUCAGCUGCAGGCUUGGGUCUGGUCGCCAUUUACUUCGCUACACAGGUGGUGUUUGACAAGAAUGACUUGUCCAAAUACUCUGUGUAGAUGCUGUAAGGCAUCAAGGAAGGGUCUGCCUCAGGAGUCUCGGCCUAGAGGGCUGCUAAGCUGGCCUUUCCAGGUCUGUUGUGCUGCCUAAGUGGUGUAGCUCUCUGCUGCCCCCCUAAGGCUGUGAGGUGUGUAGUUGCACAGAUAGAAGCCGGCCGUGCCGGCUGAAGUUCCACAGGGAUGCAAGUGCGGGUUUGUACCGGUGCAUUACCAAGACUCUGCUUGAGUCACCACGGAAGGAUUUGGGGACCUGAAUGAACUUCCCUCUUAAGUCUCUUGUCCAGAUUCUGCCCCUGUUGCUCGUGCAUGGGCCUUUCCUCCACAGGGUUCGACAGGUCGGAAGAAGGAAGGAGGAGCCCUAAGAGGCAUGAUGAGACCCCGCGGUCCACAGCACCGCUUUUCUGCUGAGUCUCCUACGCCACCUCUUCUGGGAAAUGGCUCAGCUUGUUGGCCCUUUCAUUGGCCCUUGUGUUGCCAUCAGGGAGGCACAGGCCUUUAAAUAUUUAAUUUAUUAUUUAUUUAACACAUUAGAAGUAAAAUUCAUUCCCAUUUUGUGUGCCUAGGAGUUGAGUAGGGUGGGAUCCCCAAGGAUUGGUUCCCCUAAAAUAGCCAAUACUGCCAGACUCCUCUUCUAGGGUGAUAGAUACGGUCCCCCAAACUGCCUAGCCCGGUACCUUGGACAGUCUUCUUCACCCUGACUGAGAGCCAUGAGAUGUCCCCACUUUUCUCUCGUCCCAGCUUGGCUCCCUGACUCCCCCACUGCCCCCCUGUAGGACUGAACCCAUGAAGCAAUUGCCCUGCCAACUCUGUCCACUGGCUCCAUGACCUCUAUGUGGGACUUUUUGAACCCGAAGCACAAGUGUGGUUCCUAAGGCCUCUGCCCGUCGCAGCCUCGGGGGCGUAUCUGUCACAGCCUGGGGAAUCUCACACAAACUCAGGAGUUACUCCCUGCCAGAGCCAAGGAGCUCUCGUCUAGGGGGUGGAUUUCAGUGCUGAUUGCAAUAAUGUUGUGUCUUAUUUAUUUAGCAGAGUAAAUAUUUUAUACUGUAUGUGAGAAAUCAGAGUAUAAUG